UCUUUUAUCAGCUUUGGUCUGUUACAUACUCUUUCUCUCUCUGUUAUGUUCCCUCCUUCUAGAAUAUAAAUUCACGAGAGAAACACGAAAAUCUUUCGAUUCCGGACAGAAAAAAACUUGGGACGGUGAAAUUGGAGGGUUUUCCGGGAUCCCAAGGCCGAAUCUUGAUUCAAUUUACGAAAAGAGAACACCAUCCGUUGCUGAAUCUUGAAGCCGAAUCAAAUCGUAGAGAGAGAGAGAGACACCCAGAUAGGCGAAUAGCGUUUAGAGAGAGAAAGGUGAAGUGGGGUUGUCUAAAGUUUGGGUCUUGUGUUUGUUGUGUGUGGUGGGUGAAAGGGAAAGAUGACGGAUGUGGUACUGCAUAUAUACGAUGUGACGAAUAGUGGAUCCGAGAAAACCAACAGCACCAUUGUUCAGAUCAACAAGAUCUUCAAGGAUGGGAUUGGUCUUGGUGGCAUCUUCCACAGCGCUGUGCAGGUUUUUGGAGAUGAUGAAUGGUCAUUUGGGUUCUGUGAGCAAGGUACCGGGGUUUUUAGUUGCCCUUCUGGAAAGAAUCCAAUGUAUACAUAUCGUGAAUCCAUUGUUCUAGGGAAAACAAACUUUUCUAUUUUCAAGUUAAAUCAAAUACUGAGAGAACUCAGUAGAGAGUGGCCUGGGAGUUCAUAUGAUCUGCUGUCCAAAAACUGCAAUCACUUCUGUGAUGAAUUCUGUGAAAGACUUGGUGUACCAAAACUUCCAGGUUGGGUUAAUAGGUUUGCCAAUGCUGGUGAUACUGCUAUGGAAGUGGCUGGAAAUACAGCAUUACGGUUCCGGCAAGCUAAAACUGAGAUUGUAUCAGCAAGCAAAGUAGCAUACCGGUUCCUCUUAGGAGUUACCAAUAAUGUUACUAAUAAUGUUAAAAAUGGUCCUGAGACCCCUAACAAUUCAAACAGAGGAGGGUCCCCUAGGCUUCAAGGUUCUUGGUUGAAAAAUAUUAUUACUAAUGGUGCAAAACCGUCUACUAGUUCAGAAGCCGAGAAUCAGAACGGAGUUAUGCCCCUACCGCCAACACGAGAAGAUGAUCAAGCAUUGCUACAUAGCUCAUCUUAGUUAUGCAAUGUAUUGUAAUUUUAAGUCAGAAAAAGUAUAACGGAAUUUUACAUGCUAUUCAUGUGUAUCAAAUGUAAAAUUUUUCGUUUGUUCAACUCAAAUCUUAUUGGUGCCUCGUAAGACUAUGUUCUUUGAAAGGUACUUUUACUGUUUUUCUCUUUUUCCUAUCUGACUUAGCAAACUAUAUUCACGCAGUCACAAUUCCAAAUUUUGAUGAGUUUGAAUUUAUAAAGUGGAUUUGAUGUA